UCAAGGUGGAGUUUCCACUUAGGUUUAAAAAAAAAUUAAAUAAGAAGGGGAUUGCAAUUUGCAAAUUUCCCAAGAGGUGUUACUGGGCCUGAGCUCAGAGUGUGGGGCGCUUGCGCCCAAUUAUUUCCCCUGGGAUCAAGUCAAAGGAAAUGCGCUGAGCUUUCCAGGGGAGGGGGGGUUAGAUAUCAGGCAGAAGUUCCCAGCAGGCAAGUGUCUAGGAUCUUGAAGAGGAAGGGAGGUUAUGGUAGUGGAGUCUCUGGCCCUUGGAAAUCUCAGCAUCCACCACUUCAGUACGAAAGUACCGUCAGGAUGACUGCUAAAGAUGGUGCGUUGAUUUCUGGUCUUUGCUUUGCAUAACUGCCAGGAUUGUGCUCAAAUGAGACCAUUCUCCCCGUUUAGUAUCCGGUCAGCAAAGUCAGACUACCGCUUCAGCCUGGAGUCUGGGGGCAAAAAGGGCAUGGUGUAUAGGUCCCUAGGGAGGCGUUGGCCUGAAGUCUGCCCUUCGUCCAGCCUAGUCUAGCCCAGCCUGGCUAGCCUCUGGCGGUAGAGACUUAAAACUUUGGCCUCUUGGAGCCAGAACCGAGGAAAGGCUCGAAAACUGCACAGAUCCUCCAAGAGGCGCACAUUACCCACCGGAGCGGACCUGGAACCUUCUGUCAGUGACCACGGGAAUCUCAGCUGAGUCAGCAACGUGUGUGCGCGCGCGCGCGCCUGUGUGCAUGUGUGUGUGUGUGUGUGUGUGUGUGUGUACGCGCUCCCGCGCGCUCCCGCGCGCGCCCCUGCCGCUGUCUAGGCUGUAGCGCGAACCCCGCCCUGGACUCUUAAGAGCCCUUGUUAACCCGUUCUUGUUCAGAAAUGCAGCAUAGUCGUCCCGAGAGGCCUCUGAUCUAUUGAUUUUCUUAGACCACAGAAUCCCCAAACAUGCUAAGCCACUCUCCCCAUCCAGUUCAAUGGCCUGUAAAUUCGCUUUUAUUUCAGAUCUUUGUCUAAGGAUUCCAGGAGUUUCUUUCUCAGCUUUUUCAUCUCAAAAGUGGGGGUGGCUAAGAUCUAAAUCUGGACCCUUUGAACUCCAAAGAUGGAGAGCUGCCUCUGCAGCUGACUCUCACACGCAGGUGUGGAACGCCUCGAAGAUAUUAAGGCUCUUUACUUUUGCAGGGAUUCCAAGAUAUGACAGGUAAUCACAGGACAGCAGCCCAGCUUCCUUCCAGCUUUAUGUCCUUCCUUCUCCAGACCUUCGAAAAGGGUUUUUAAUUUUCUGCUUGGUGAGUCAAGAGUUAAAACAAGAGCACGAAGGCGGUCCUACGUGACGCCACAGACACCCCGUGUCCGACCUCAGAAACUGGGGCGUGUCUAACAUCGCACCGCCCACUCCCUCCUCAGUUCCCUCCCUGCCCCUCCCCACUGUCACUCAGCCAGAGACACAUGAUGCAACCCGCCGCAGUUUCAAGCUUGGGAUUGGUCUCACUGGCCGGCGCCAGGAACAGUGAUUGGGCAGAGGAGGCUGUGACGCAAUGUAGACCGGACCCUGUAAAGAAGGGAGGAGAGAAAGAACAGGGAAGGCGGAGGGAAGGAGGUGGGGGACAGAGAGGGAGGCGGGGUCUGGGAACUCUGCCCGCGCCCCCAACGCGCCAGUCCCGGGGCUGCAGGGAGCGCAGCGCGCGCCGCCCGGGCCCCGGCCACCGGACGCCCUACCGGACACCACCCUCCUUGGAGCUUGGACAACCUCCCACCACGAUCGCUGCACCAGGCACUGCUCUUAUAGGGCUGGACACUACAACGAACACUACUUUCCAGCUCCGGACAUUGCUCCCUGCUCUCUUCCCCCGGCCCUGGACGCUAUCUCCCCCCUCCUCUGCCCGGGCCCAGACAUCGAGCCCCCAGCGGGCUCUGGUGAUAGUCCUCUUGCACCUCAGCGCUGGACACUGCUUCCUUCCGGCCCCCUUCUUUCCUCUCGUCGCACCUCAUCUCUACCCAGUUCGGGUCGGAGCACCUCCAGUUUCUCAGAUUCCCUGCUGCUCGGGCAACACUGCCCGCACCCCCAUUACCAGGCUGCUCGCCCGGAUGCCUCUCCCCGGGGGAUUGUGGUGGCUUCUCUGCUGCCGUCGAGGCUUCACUCUUCUGCACCGGGACUACGGGGACGGCGAGCUUAGCGGGGACGGGGACGAAGACGAGGACGACGAGACCUUUGAGCUAAGGACCCCGAGUCCAGCGGGCGGCGGGAGGGGGUCCCUGGACGUUACACUGACUCAGCCAACAAGGAAUGGGCCGAUCUCAGACAGACUGCAGAGCUGGGAAGAGACCUGGAGCCUCAUCCCAGACAAGGGACUUCCGGAGGAUGACCCUGACGUCAUUGUGAAAGGUUGGCUGUACAGGGAACCCCGUGGAGGAGGGGCAAGGCCUUGGUUACUCCCCCGCAGAGCCUGGUUUGUGCUCACCAGAGAUUCCCUGGACCAGUUCAGCAGCAGUGGGAAGGGGGCAAGGCGCCUCGGAAGCCUGGUCCUCACAAGUCUGUGCUCAGUGACUGGGCCGGAGCGUAGGCCCAAGGAGACCGGUCUGUGGUCAGUCACUGUGUCUGGCCGGAAACACAGCAUCCGCCUCUGCUCCCCACGCCAGGCAGAGGCAGAGCGCUGGGGGGUAGCACUGCGUGAGGUGAUUGCCUCCAAGGCUCCACUGGAGACCCCUACCCAGCUACUGCUCAGGGACAUACAGGAGAGCUGUGGAGACCCAGAAGCAGUGGCCCUCAUCUACCGACGGAACCCUAUCCUGAGGCAUACCAGUAGUGCCUUGUAUGCCCCACUCUUGCCCCUGCCCUAUGAAGUCAGCGCUCCAGGUCCAGGCUACGCACCCUUACGAGAGGAGGCAGUGAGGCUGUUCCUGGCACUGCAAGCCCUGGAGGGGGCACGGCGCCCCGGGCCCCUGAUGCAGGGUGUGCUCCAGACCUGUCGGGACCUGCCUGCACUCCAGGACGAACUUUUCCUGCAGCUGGCUAAACAGACCUCAGGUCCUGCGGGUCCCCCUGGGCUCCCUGCUACUCAAGAUCCUGCAACCCUCCGAUACUGGCAGCUUCUCACUUGCAUGAGCUGCACCUUUCGGCCUGGGGGAGCUGUCCGAGGGCACCUCCUGGGGCAUUUGGAAAGGACAGAGCAGGCACUCCCGGACUCAGAACUGGCAGAAUACGCACGCUUCAUCCGGAAAGCUUUGGGUCGGACUCAGGGCCGAGAGCUGGUACCUUCACUAGCAGAGAUUUCCGCACUGAGCAGAAGGCAAGAGCUGUUAUGUACUGUGCACUGCCCCGGAGCUGGAGCCUGUCCUGUGUCCAUCGACUCCCACACUACAGCGGGAGAGGUGGCUCGAGAGUUGGUGGGUAGGCUAGGUUUGGCCCGGAGCCGGAACGCAUUCGCUUUGUAUGAGCAGCGAGGGGCCCAGGAGCGAGCCCUGGCUGGGGGGACCCUCGUGGCUGACGUCCUCACCAGGUUUGAGAAUUUGACCUCAGAGGAAGCCGGACUGGAGGACUCGCCCGACUCCGGGUGGAGACUGUGCCUUCGUCUUCACGGACCCCUGCACCCAGAAGGGCUAUCUCCAGAGGGUCACGAAUUGCCUUUCCUCUUUGAGCAGGCUCACGCUCUGCUGCUGCGCGGCCGGCCGCCCCCACCCGAGGACACGCUGCGCGCCCUGGCGGCGCUGCGCCUGCAGAGUUUGCACCGGGACUUCUCCCCGCGGGGGCCCCUGCCGCUCCUGGACCGCCUGCUGCCGCCCACCACCCCGCCUCGCGAACCACCGCCGCGCCCUACCCGGAGGCCACCAUCCUCCGCCGCCCUGCUGGCCGGGGCGCUCUGGAGCCCGGGCCUGGCCAAGAGGCGGGCGGAGCGUGCCCGGCGCGGCGGGACCCGCCGCUCGACGGGAAGCUCGACGGCCCAGGUGGGAGGAGGCGGCAUCAGCACGACGGCCGCGGUGCUGGGCGGCUGGAAGCGGCUGCGGGGCAUGGGCCAAGCUGAGGCCAUGGCUGCCUACCUGGCUCUGGCGGCGCAGUGUCCGGGGUUCGGCGCUGCUCGGUAUGACGUUCUGGAGCUGAGCACGGAGCCUGGUGGAGGUGCUCCACAGCAGCUCUGCCUGGGUCUGGGAGCAAAGGCCAUUUCGCUCUCCAGGCCUGGUGAGACAGAACCCAUCCACAGUGUCAGCUAUGGUCAUGUGGCCGCCUGCCAGCUAAUAGGCCCUCAUACUUUAGCGCUGAGGGUGGGCGACAGCCAGCUCCUCCUGCAGAGUCCCCAGGUGGAAGAGAUCAUGGAGCUGGUGAAUGCCUACUUGGCCAACCCCUCCCCCGAGAGGCCCUGCAGCAGCAGCUCUGGUCCUCCAAGCCAAGACCUGCCGGACACCUCCCCUCCCAGCCAGCACCAAGUUCUGGAAGAGCCCCAGGGACAGUCUGGCUGCUUGAAGCAGCUGCAGGACUAAACCUGCCAAGAGGUCAGGACUUCUCUUUUGCCUCCAGCCUGAGACCAGAGUGCUCUGAGAUUUGAGGCAAACAUGGACCCUUUUUGGCCCUGCAGGGACAGGGUACACCCACACCCGAGGGCAGUAAUGGGUGUGGACAGUUUUCUAGUUUGUUUCUUAAUUUAUUUGUAGAAGAAAAAAAAAAUGGUUAUUUACACAGA